UGGCUGGGUUUCUGUGAGGGGUCUAACAACUGAUGAUAAAUACUGACUUGUCCCUGCUGCUUCUCGGCAAGGCCGCUGACUCGUAUUCUAAAAUAAAAGGUAUAAAUUGUAACCUCCUGGGGCAGGGACCGUCUCUGUGGUCUGUGUUCGUACAGAGCCUAGCAUAAUGGUGCACAAAUAGGGUUCCUGGGUGCUCUGAUAAUACAAAUAAUUAAUCAAGCCUAUAAUCAUUUUCCUGCAAAAACGAAGAGCGUAGUCAUCGUCUUUCAGAGCGACCCAUUCAGCACAGACUCAGGGGACCUUGCGUCCCACAGGAGAGAUGGGUCCACGUCAUAGCACACCGCCCAAUUUAGAUCCCUUUCCUGACCCUUCAGUCCCCUUCCUGGGAGCCUUUCAGCGGCUGGAAAAACAGCAAAAGCUGCAAAAAAGAAAGUCUCGUUUUUCCCACCAGUGCUAGUGGGUUAAUGAUUGAUUUGAGCAGAUCACUGUGAAUUGCUGAGACAGAAGCCUGGAGCAGGUAAUUGUGUCAAACUCCUGUGAAGUAAUGUUUGCUGAGGAGCUUUGGUGCUAACAUGUCUUGAUUGGGGGGACAUCUUUGAAAAGCAAAUGUAAUCUGCGUCCCAAGCAGUAUAUAACCAGCCAGCCACAAAAGUGAGGCGUCGCAUUCCGUCCCAAAGCCCCAGCAAUCUCCCCGCAGCCUGAGCUGCAGCCAUGGGGACAGGAAUGGAUUUUGUACACAGCUCUGGAGUCCAAAUGACUCACUACCUGCAGGAGAACUACCAGAGCUCCCAGGGCUGGUUCCUCUUCAUCUCCUUUGCGGCCGACCUCAGAAACACCUUCUUCAUUCUCUUCCCCAUCUGGUUCCACCUCUGCGAGGCCGUGGGCAUCAAGCUGAUCUGGGUGGCUGUGAUCGGGGACUGGCUCAACCUGGUCUUUAAGUGGAUUCUCUUUGGGCAGCGACCCUACUGGUGGGUCCGUGAGACCGGCUACUAUGGCAACGCCUCCACCCCUGUGAUCCAGCAGUUCCCUGUCACCUGUGAGACCGGCCCAGGUGAGCAACCCCCCUCCACAGUGCACAUGCGGCACUCAGGAGAAGCUGACAAAUCUUCUGUGCGUUCAAACUCUCCGGCAGCCAGAAGCCAAAGUGGGAGGGGUUUUCUCUUCACUGAGCUCACUGCAGGCUUCUCCCAAUUCUCCUCCACAGGCAGCCCCUCUGGCCAUGCCAUGGGCUCAGCUGGGGUGUACUACGUGAUGGUGACGGCUCUGCUUAGCACCCUGCGUCGGCGCCGGAGAUCCCCCUUCCAGCAGCAGUGCCUGCGGGGGGCGCUGUGGAUGUCAUUCUGGGGGGUUCAGGUGUCUGUCAGUCUGUCCAGGAUCUUCCUAGCAGCUCACUUCCCGCACCAAGUCAUCACGGGCGUCUUUGCAG